AUGCCACUGUGCCAACUGCCGCAAAGUCGCCGGCGGCAUGUACGUCUGAUACCCCAAUUCUCUUUGGAAGAACCCCAUCCGCACAAGAACAGCGCCGAUAAUCUCUAUGGCGUGCAUUUGGUUACGAUGCACCGAGUGUACCAGCCGCUGACUGAGCUCUGGGGUUUGGGGCUACACAGAUUCGGCGUCAACUUGACAAUCGAGGAAGAGAAAGUCGAGUUUCCUAAGGGUAAAGACAAUAUCAAGAUGUACUCUGUUCGUUCCAUUCCCGUCAUCAGCUCCCGCUCCCCCAAAUUACCCCGGUCUGACAAGAUUACACACAAUCCCAGGAUCCGGAGACACUCAGCGGAACCCCGGUGCAGCGGUAGGGACCCCGUUUCCUUGCGACCAGCCUGUGCCAACGGAAGGUCGACUAAUGCAACGCUUGCUAGGUAUUUCUGCCAAACGUGCGGCGUGCCCAUCAUGAGCAUCACGCCUCUGUACAAGGGCAAGAUUGUUUUGAAAUUGGGACUGUCGACGAAACUGCUGAGUGAUGAAUGCUUGAUGCCUGAUCUGACUGUUAUUGGUGGUGGUGGAUAUGACAGUACCCCAAACUCCCAGUCCCGGAAUGGGAGUCGUUCGCCUCAAAGCGGCAAAGCUGGGAGAAGCCGUUUGAAGGAACCAUCCAGUACAAGACAAAGUUUAGACCUUCGGAGAGAAGAUGCCCGGGUCAAUUUGAGAGACGGCGACGACGACGACGACGACUACGAAAAAUGA